AUGGGUAGGGGUCUGCAAAUAACGCAUUUCCAUUCGGCGUAUUUUAAUUUGGAUUUCUUUUCCUGCCUUAUUCUCUUCUUGUUAAUCAACGUGUUUACAGCGCAUCUACCACUCGCCUCUCUUUUUCUUUUCCACUUGAAUUAUUUAAUUAAUUUCGUUCUAUCAAUUCUUUGUUUUUCUUUCUUUCAACAUUUUAAUUUUCUUUUUCCUUUCUGCUUUUUUCUUUACUUUCUUUCUUUUUCACUCCUGUUUUUCUUUCCUUACUUUCUUUCCUCCUCUCUUUUUUCUUUCCUUUCUGUUUUCUUUCUUUUUUUCUCUCUUUUUUCUUUCUUUUCUGCUUUUUUCACCCCCUCUUUUUUCUUUCUUUCUCCUCUUCUUUUUUCUUUCCUUCUUGCUUUCUUUCUUUCCACCUCUCUUUUCCUUUCCUCCUCUCUUUUAUCUUUCCUUUCUGCUUUCUUUCUUUCCACCUCUCUUUUUCUUUCCUCCUUUCUUUUUUCUUUCCUUUCUGCUUUCUUUCUUUUUUUCCUCUCCUUCUUCUUUCCUUUCUGCUUUCUUUCCUCUCCUUUUUUCCUUUCUUUCUUUCUUUCUUUCUUUCAUUUAUCUUUCAUUUCUGCUUUCUUUCUUUCCUCCUCUCCUUUUCUUUCCUUCUUUUCACAUCUCCUUUUUAUUUAUUUCUUUUUCUCGAUAUUCAUUCCGUUCACAACACAAUUUACUACACCCCAGCAAUUCUUUCUUUCUUUCUUUCUUUCUUUCUUUCUUUCUUCUUUCCUUUCUGUUUCCUUUUCUCUUUUUUUCCCUUCUUUUUCCCGCUAUUUUUCCCAUUUGCAACACUCGAUUUCCUACAACAUAGAAACCGCUUACCAUCGGCUUCGCCUACUUUCAACAUUUUUUCGAUUUUUACUGAUGACGAUGAUUACAAGAACGGCAAUUACUUCUAAUUCUAAUACAACCAUUAACAAUAACAGUCAAAAGAAGUCAAUAAUUAUUUUAUUCUUGAUAUCACGGUCAUCGCCCACUUUUAAAUGGAAAAAUUAUCUAUCUAUCUAUCUAUCUAUCUAUCUAUCUAUCUAUCUAUCUAUCUAUCUAUCUAUCUCAUUUCUUGCAUUCAUCCCUUACUUUUUAUAUUUCAUUCAUAUUUUUCUUCGCUUUUUCAUUCCUUGUUUUUCAUUCACCAUUUAUCUUUUUAUAUUUUAUUCAUAUUUUUUCUAUUUUUCAUUCCUUAUUUUUCAUUCACAAUUUAUAUUUUUUAUAUUUAUUCAUAUUUUUUCUAUUUUUCAUUCCUUAUUUUUCAUUCACCAUUUAUCUUUUUUAUAUUUAUUCAUAUUUUUUAUAUUUUUCAUUCCUUAUCUUUCAUUCGCCAUUUAUCUUUUUAUAUUUCAUUCUUGUUUUCCUCUUCUUUUUAUUCCUUUUCGUUACCUUUCAUUUAUCGUUUUUCUUUUUCUAUUUCAUUCUUAUUAUUUUCUCGCUUUCUUUUCAUUUCUUUUUUUUCAUUCUUUAUAUUUCCUUUGUAUAUUUACGCAUAUUUUAUUUCUGUUUUCAUUCCUUGAUUUUCAUUCACCAUUUUCCCUUUUAUAUUUAAUUCGUGUUUUUCUUCCACAUUUUUCAUUGCUCACCUUUCAUUCACUAUUUUCAUAUUUCAUUCCUAUUUUCCAUCUCCUUUUUCUUUGCCCUGCUUUUCUAUCACGUCUCUGCUUCUGUUUUAUUUCCUUCUCUUUCAACUUCGUUCAUUUAUUAUUUUUUUUAUUUUAUCCGUAUUUUCACUUUCUUUUUCAUUCUCAUCCUUCAACAUUUUCUUUUCAUUUUUCUUUCAUUCCUUAA